AUGGGAGCCACCGACAUUCCAAGCAUUCAAUUUACUCCGAUCGAGGAGAUCCAGCAGCGAUCCUCCACCCUCCAGAAGACCUUUGAAGAGCACCGCACACGCGACGUCGAGUUCCGACUGGUCCAGCUCCGCAAGCUCUACUGGGCAAUCAAGGACAAUGAAGAUAAAAUCGCCCACGCCCUGCACCUCGACUUGGGAAAGCCCCUCUUCGAGACCGAGAUCGCCGAGUGUGGCUGGUUGAAGAACGACAUCGUCUUUGUGUCCCGAAACUUGCAUAAAUGGGCCAAGGAUGAGAAGGCUGAAGAUAUCGAUCUCACUUUUAAGUUUAUGAGCCCUAAAAUCAGAAAGGAUCCCCUGGGACGUGUUUUGGUUAUCGGCGCAUUCAACUAUCCUUUCCAGUUGACCCUUGGCCCCGUCAUUGGUGCCAUCGCCGGUGGCAAUACAGUCGCUAUCAAGCCUAGUGAAAACGCCCCCAAUAGCGCCGUCGUCAUCCAGCAGCUCGUCGAGGCUUCCCUCGACCCCUCGUGUUAUACUGUCAUCCAGGGAGGUGUCCCCGAGACACAGGCUUUGCUUGCAGAGCGAUGGGAUAAGAUCUUCUUCACUGGUGGUGCCACCGUCGGACGUAUCAUCGCCAAAGCCGCGGCUCCUCACCUCACCCCGGUCGUGUUGGAACUGGGUGGAAUUAACCCAGCCAUCAUCACUAAGACUGCCAACCCCAGAUUGGUUGCACGUCGGUUGUUGUGGGGUAAAUUGAUGAACGCGGGUCAGAUCUGCACAUCGCAGAACUACUUGCUGGUGGACCGACAGGUUCUGCCCGCCGUCAUUGAGGAGUUCAAGAAGGCCUACAAGGAGUUCUACCCGGAAGGUGCCAAGUCAUCUCCGGACUACUCUCGCAUUGUCAAUGUGGCUUCUUUCCACAAGCUCAAGGGCAUGAUUGAUAACUCCAAGGGCAAGAUUCUACUUGGAGGUACCAUGGAUGAAAAGGAGCUUUUCAUCGAGCCCACAUUAGUUCAAGUCGAUGAUGUUGAUGACUCGAUGUUGGUGCAGGAGAGCUUUGGUCCCCUGAUUCCUAUUCUCCCCGUGAACGAUGCCGAAGAAGCUGUCAGAAUCGCCAAUGGAAUUCAGAGCACACCUUUGGGUGUCUACCCAUUCGGCUCCAAGGCUGACACCGAUAAAAUUCUUGCAACCACUCGUUCCGGUGGCGCUUCGGUUAACGAUGCUGCUUUGCACAUUCCUACUCUUCCAUUUGGUGGUGUUGGUGAAAGUGGCUACGGUGCCUACAGAGGAAGAGCCAGUUUUGAGACAUUCGUGCACCGUCGCCCGAUCACGACAAGCCCAAGCUGGGUUGAAUCUUUCCUUGCUAUCAGAUACCCUCCUUAUGCCGGCAAGCUGAACAAGUUCAAGGCUGCUAGCACUCUUGUGCCCGACUUCGACCGGGACGGAAACAAGCUUACCUUUGGCUGGUUGCGUACCAUUCUGACCCUUGGUGGAGGAACUGCGAAGGCUGGCGCCGGCAGGGCUGCCGUGGUUGCUGCUGGUAAGUGA